AUGGUCGCCAUCGAGCCCAAAUUCUCUGCAGGGCUCGGUACAGGCACCCAGGGGUACAUCCUCGCAAUUGGGGGCACGCCCGCCAACGGACCAGGAUUCUGGUCCGCCUUUGAUGUCCAGACAAAGCAGUGGAAGAAUGUCACUGUUGAGCCUGCAGAUAUGUCGUUUGUGCCCUAUGUCGAAUUGGAGGGCCAUACUGCGACGGUAGACCCUACGACAGGAUUGGUGUAUGUCAUUGGAGGAUUCAAUGGACUGGUUUCGAACGCACCCCUACCCCAAGUAACCAACUUGUUGACGAUUUUUGAUCCCAACACAGGAAAACUUCUUUCGCAGGAGAGUGCGACCACCGACAACAGCUUGACAGGCGCAAAUGCCAUCUGGUUGACCAAGCGGGGCACGGUGAUGCUGCUGGGUGGAUCAAGAGCUGUGGCAACGGCCUCUGUGAAUGGACUAGACAUGACUGUCUUGACCGAGUAUAGCCCUUCCACAAAGGCGUGGAGCAAUACGACGACAUCAGGCGCGAUCCCCCAAGCACGGUUAGACGCGUGCGCCGCUGUCUCGGACGAUGGAACAAAAGUGAUUGUCUACGGAGGCGCUGCCAACGCCAACACAUUCCUCAGCUCGAUCCACAUCCUUGACGUGACAACCAGUGUUUGGACUGCAGGUCCUCCCUCGAUAGGAGUCCUGUCCCAGGCGACGUGCGCCUUCCACUCAGGAAUGUUCAUUGUUUUUGAGGGCUCCGUCAACGCAACGAACAUGAACUCUUUGACGGGCGCUGAGCCUCUCAUCUUUGAUGUCGCUAAGGCUAGUUGGGCGAGCUCUUUUACGCCAAGUUCUGGAUCUGGCAGCGCAGGAAAUCCCACCAGUACAGGCAAUCCCACCUCGCCAGCUCACCCCGGCAGUGGCGAUGCAAUUGUCCCCAACGACAGCAGUCCUCCAGGAGACAAGAGCAAACUGGGAAUUAUUAUUGGCUGCGUUGCAGGAGUGAUUGUCUUGCUGAUGGUUGCUCUGGGAGUUUAUUUGGUCCGCAGGAGGAGGUUCGCCCGGGAAAAGGUGGUCAAGGACACGGAAGCCAGAGCUACGGCAAUGCUGGCUGCGGAGGAGAAGCAAGAGCAGGAGCGCGCCCCCAAGAUCAUGACAGCAGCGGAUCAUUAUGCGGCGGCACAGGCGGCUCUGGAGGAGGCCAGCAAGAGACUUCAUCCCUCGGCAUUCAAAAGCCCUAAAUCCUGGAUCUCGGAGGCCCAUACCAACUCGGUCUCUGUCUCGGACGGCAGCAACUCGACAGACCUCAGCAAGGCGCGUCGACUCUCGGAUCCAGAUGUUCAGGCAAAUCCGGCGCUAGUCGCCAUCUUCGGAUUCUGCUACUUCGAAACCCUCUACGACGACUUCCUCUACAGACUCUUCCUCUAA